UGUUGAAAGAAAUAGUGUGAUUGCUCAGAGUGUAAUUAGUACUCUGAGUAACUAACUAGUUUAGCUCCAAAAUACAGUAAGAUCCAAACACAGUUCUUCAUUCGUCUCAGAUAUGCUGAAUUCAUGAACUAGUUAGAUCCGCAAAUUGAACUAUGAAAUCUCCAAUCAAUCUCGAUUUUCUCAAAUCAACACACGCUCUCAAGAUCGCCUUUUUUUUCUUCAUUUCCAUCACUUUCUUCUACUUAGGAAAACACUGGUCCGAUGGCUACCAACAACUCAUCUUCUUCACACAGGACUCCGACCCGGAUCCGAAUCAAGCGGUUUCGAUUUCCCCUAAUUACAACAAAUCAUUCGAUAUUUCUUCACUAAUCGAUCACAACAGCACAGAACCUGUUCGAGAAAAAGCCCUAACGAAACAACCACCACCGCCGCCGCCGCCACCGACAGAAGAUUCGGUGGCGAAAUUCGGGAUCGUGAAUGAGAAUGGAACAAUGUCUGAGGAGUUUGAGGUUGGGGAAUUCGAUCCAGGUAUGGUGGAUGAUUGGGUUAACGAAACGCAAGCUGAGAAGGAGGGUUCUGAGAGUGUUCAAAGUUUCGCGAUUAAGAAGUUUGGGUUGUGUUCGCGUGAUAUGAGUGAGUAUAUACCUUGUUUGGAUAAUGUGGAAGCGAUUCAGAAGCUGCCGUCCACGGAGAAAGGAGAGAGAUUUGAACGGCAUUGUCCAGAGGAAGGUAAAAGGUUGAAUUGUUUGGUUCCUGCUCCUAAAGGCUACCGUGCUCCAAUUCCAUGGCCUAAAAGCCGAGAUGAGGUAUGGUUCAGUAAUGUUCCUCAUACUCGUCUUGUUGAAGAUAAAGGUGGCCAAAACUGGAUUUCCAGAGACAAAAAUAAGUUUAAAUUUCCAGGAGGUGGUACACAAUUUAUACACGGGGCAAAUGAAUACUUGGAUCAUAUUUCUAAGAUGAUUCCUGAAAUUACAUUUGGUCGGCAUAUACGGGUUGCUCUUGAUGUUGGUUGUGGUGUAGCUAGUUUUGGUGCAUACUUACUGCAACGGAAUGUCGUCACUGUGUCUGUAGCUCCCAAGGAUGUUCAUGAGAAUCAGAUUCAGUUUGCUCUUGAGCGUGGGGUGCCCGCCAUGGUGGCAGCAUUUGCAACUAGGCGUUUAUUAUAUCCAAGUCAAGCUUUUGACUUGAUUCAUUGUUCCCGCUGUAGAAUUAAUUGGACUCGAGAUGAUGGGAUCUUGCUGCUUGAAGUUAAUAGGAUGCUAAGAGCAGGAGGGUAUUUUGUUUGGGCUGCCCAACCGGUUUAUAAGCACGAAGAAGCUUUAGAAGAACAAUGGGAAGUGAUGCUUAAUCUUACCACUCGACUCUGCUGGAAGUUUUUGAAAAAAGAUGGGUAUAUUGCAGUAUGGCAGAAACCUUUUGACAAUAGCUGCUAUUUAAGCCGCGAGGCAGGAACUAAACCUCCUCUUUGCGACCCCAGUGACGACCCAGAUAAUGUUUGGUAUGCUGAUCUAAAAGCAUGUAUCUCUGAAUUGCCUAAGAAUGGAUAUGAAGCCAAUGUUACCGAUUGGCCUGCUCGAUUGCAAACCCCACCAAAUAGGCUUCAAAGCAUAAAACUUGACGCUUUCAUAUCCAGAAAAGAACUAUUUAAGGCAGAAUCAAAAUACUGGAAUGAGAUUAUAGAAAGCUAUGUUCGUGCUUUGCGCUGGAAGAAGAUGAGAUUAAGAAAUGUUAUGGACAUGCGAGCAGGUUUUGGAGGAUUUGCAGCAGCAAUGAUUGAGCAGAAGUUUGAUAGCUGGGUUAUGAAUGUUGUUCCUGUUAGUGGUCCAAACACAUUGCCUGUCAUAUAUGACCGGGGAUUGAUUGGAGUUAUGCAUGACUGGUGCGAACCAUUUGACACCUAUCCGAGAACCUAUGAUUUCCUGCAUGCAGCAAACCUGCUUUCUGUAGAGAAGAAAAGAUGCAACGUGUCAUCAAUUAUGGUUGAGAUGGAUCGGAUACUAAGACCCGGUGGACGUGUAUACAUCCGCGAUUCUCUUACCAUAAUGGAUGAACUUCAAGAGAUUGCCAAAGCAAUAGGCUGGCACACGUUACUACGAGACACAGCUGAGGGGCCUCACGCAAGUUAUAGGGUCUUGGUUUGUGACAAGCAUCUGCUACGGGCUUGAAGCAAUGAGGUGGUAGCAUGUAACAUAUGUUUUUGAUACAGUCAACCACAUAACAAGGCAAAUUUGGUCUUUUGAGAAGUACGCAAAGAUACAAGUGUAAAAGUAUCACUUCUUCACAAGAGGUAGUGACCAUUUGUUUAUUUAUUUAUACUACUGGGUAGGUGUAUAACGAUCCCAAACAGCUGGAUUGGUUGACUGCAUCACAUAACUUAUUUGUAUAAUUCAAUUUAUUUGUAUAAUAUUAGAAUUCUUUAA